AUGGGGCUGCUGGACGCUUUCAGAUCGCCCCGACCAGCAGACAAAGAAGCAGAGGAAGCAGGCUCUCUAGGCGGCGACCUCUUGCAUGAUGCUACAUCUUCAUCAACAUCAGAAUUACUCAGCAACCACGAGGUACAUGGACCGCCAGGAGGACUGGACCUGAACAACACAGAUCGCCUGUACAACCCGUACGAGGGCCUGAGCACUGCAAUAGACACCAGAGGCGGACUGCCGCGAAAUCUGUACAAAUUGCCAAAGCAGCCUGAGUUCCUCUUUCAAGAGGAAGCAGCCGUGCACAAGAGGAGUUGGAGCGAGAACCUGACCUACUACACAGGAGUUGGCUACCUCUCAGGGGCCACCCUGGGGGGUAGCCAGGGGCUGCUGACGGCGGUGAGGACAAAACCGGAGCUGGGCAUUGACACGACGCGGCUGCGCGUCAACCGCGUGCUCAACCUGAGCGGCAAGACCGGCCGCGUCGCAGGGAACGCCCUUGGCUGCCUGGGCCUUUUCUAUGCCUCCACUGAAUCCGGUCUUGACUAUCUGAAUGACGGGCGCAUGCCAGACCUCUGCGCAUCCCUCGGCGCAGGUUUCCUGUCAGGGGCGCUGUUCAGGUCGACUCGUGGCCUGAAAGCAGCGGGCAUUGCCGGCGCCGUGGGCACACUUGCAGCCUCCACGCUUGUGGUGGCUCGCAACACUAUUGACAAGAACCUGUGA